CCGCUCUGAAAAGAUGGCGCUUCCCAUCGAGCCCUCGGAGGAGCCUCGGAUCUACCAGCAGACGCUGCUGCAGGACGGGCUGCGGGACCUGCUGGAGAACGACAGGUUCGUGGACUGCGUGCUGAGGGUCCAGGGCCAGGCCUUCCCCUGCCACCGGCUGGUGCUGGCCGCCUGCAGCGCUCACUUCAGGGCCUUGUUCCUCGGGGACGGGGACGGGGAGAGGCCGAAGCGGGAGGAGGCCGAGCCCGGGGCCGGGGCCGGGGCCGGGAGGCUGGAGGUGACCGUGGAGCACGUGGAGCCCGAGGUGAUGGCCACCCUCCUGCGCUACCUCUACACCUCGGAGGUGGAGCUGAGCGACGCCAACGUCCAGGGCGUCUUCGCGGCCGCCAACCUGCUGCAGAUCCCGUCCGCCUUCACCCUCUGCGUCUCCUACCUGCACCAGCGCCUGAGCCUCGGCAACUGCCUGGCCGUCUUCAAGCUGGGCCUGCUGCUGGACUGCCCGCGGCUGGCCGUGGCGGCCCGGGACUUCGCCGGCCAGCGCUUCGGCCUGGUCUGCCGCGACGCCGAGUUCCUGGGCCUGUCGGCCGGCGAGCUGAGCGCCCUGGCGGCCGGCGACGGGCUGGACGUGGAGAGCGAGCGCGAGGUGUUCGAGGCGGUGGCGAGCUGGGCCCGGGGCCAGGGCGGGAAGGGCGCGAGCGGGGCGGGCCCGGCCCAGGCCGAGGCCCAGCGGGAACUGCCGCUGGUGCUCGAGGCCGUCCGCUUCCGGCUGCUGCCCGCCGCUUACCUGAGGGAGCGGGUGGAGACCGACCCGCUGCUGGCCCCGCACCCGGAGCUGCUGGGGAGGAUCCGGCAGGUCAGGGUGGCCAAGGAGGCGGAGGAGGCGGAGGAGGAAGAAGGCGGAGAGGGGAAGAAGAAGAAGGAGGAGGAGGAGGAGAGCGGGAAGGAUGGAGGGGAGGGCGAGGGCGACGUCCCGUUCCCCAACCGGACCCUGCGCCUCGGCAUGUUCACCACCGACCUGAUCCUCAUCGUGAACAGCGAGGCCACCGUGGCCUACGACCCCGCCGGCAACUGCUGCUACCUGGCCUCCGCCUCCACCCGGGUGCCCCGCAACCACUGCAGUCUGGUGACGGCGGGGAACCAGAUGUUCGUGGCCGGCGGCCUGUACUACGACGAGGGGAGCCAGGAGGAGCCGCUCAGCUCCUUCUUCUUGCAGUUCGAUCCUUUGGACUGUGAUUGGCUCGGGAUGCCUCCUAUGCCCAUGCCCCGCUGUCUGUUUGGCCUGGGCGAAGCUGACAACGCCAUCUAUGUUAUUGGGGGAAAGGAACUGAAAGAAGGGGAGGAAACACUGGACUCUGUCAUGUGCUACGACAGAAACACAUUUAAAUGGGGUGAAUCUGACCCAAUUCCCUAUGAAGUUUAUGGCCACAGUGUGGUGUCUCACAAAGGGCUCGUGUACGCAAUUGGAGGCAAAAGGAAAGACAAAAAGUGCUUGAAGAAAUUGUGUGUGUACAAUCCCAAGAAAUUUGAAUGGAAGGAACUGGCUCCAAUGAAAACCGGAAGAUCUCUGUUCGGUGCAGCUAUUUACAAAGACAAAAUCUGGGUGGCAACUGGUGUGACGGACAGUGGAUUGACUGCAACCGUAGAGGUUUAUGACAUAGAUAAAAACAAAUGGGAAGACAUGGCAGAAUUCCCACAAGUGCGAAGUUCCAUGAGCCUCGUCAAUCUCACGGACCAGCUGUACGCGAUUGGUGGAUUUACGCUGGCGCAAUCCGAGUCCGGAGAAUUAACUCCGAACGAAGUCGACGAUGUGUGGAAGUACGAUGCGGACAAGAAGGAAUGGUUGGGGAUUCUCAAAGAAUUGCCCUACGCUUCCUCAGCCACCUUCCUCCCAGUGCGUCUGAACAUUUUACGAAUGACCAAGAUGUGAAAGCUCGCGCCGAGGCAAGGAAAACUUUUGGGUCUUGCAGUAUUCUUUUGUAAAAAGAUAAAUACUCGAAGGUGAGGGAAACAUUUUU